UGUUCGGUGUACAAGCGUCAGGGUUGUUGCGACAAAGUUUCACUUGUUACCGCAAUAUUACUGUGAGGAGACAGUUUCUUAUUCACGAAACGGACAUCUGUCUGGUUUUCCCGCAAACCAAUUUGACAAUUAAGUCAGUCAUGGAGUAUGCGAAAAACCUGGUUCCUUCAUCUGUAAUGAGGUCUGUGUCAUCGGUGGGCAUGUCACUCACCCGGAAAGUCCUGCCAUCGCCUCAGCCCCGCCCUUUCAGAGUGUGCACCCAUAAUCGCUGCCGGAGGAGGGGCGUGACAGCCACCUCACUGAGUGAACUCCUGGAAAAGACUGCUAGUGCUUUCCUGCUGACCUGCCACUUCCUGACAUUGGUGCUGGAGGAGGAUGGUACGGUGGUGGACACCGAGGCGUUCUUCCAGUCACUCCCUGCCAACACGCAAUUUAUGGUGCUGGAGAAAGGGCAGAUAUGGACGCAGAGCAAGGGACUCCCGAGUUUCAGACGGCCCAAGAAAAGUGGAAUUGCCAAGUUGACCUUUGACCUAUACAAAAUGAACCCGAAGGACUUCAUAGGGUGCCUAACCAUCCAAGCCUCGCUGUAUGAGAUUUACACUAUGUCCUAUGACAUCAAGUGUAUGAAGGCCAAGCAAAUCCUGAAGUCCUUGUUGCGAUGCCUGAUGUAUGUGGCACGUGUGGUAGGCCAUAUACUUCUGUGUGGCUCCUCCUACGUCAUGCAGUACAUUGGGGAAGAUGAGUACUAGUACGGUCAGGCAUCAUGACCCUGGCUGGGACAGGCCUAGUCCCCUGACCACAAAGCACAUAGGACUGUCUAAAGCAACAUACAGAGGGUGACUGGAAAUUAAUGCAGUCUCCUCUCUCCCUGAGUAAAAGAUUUAAACCUCAAACAAACUGUUUCACUUUGACAUCCCUGUUGCACUGAAAAAUUACUGAAGCUGACAAUUUGCCCAGCUGACAAAUUGUUCUUUUGCUACAAGACCACUUUGGAAGAACAGCAACUGGGAGGAAGAUGACCCCAGCGCUGAAUUACACACCGAACUCUGUUGCUGUCUCAGCUCUGAUAAAACUCGCCAGUCUUAGUAUGCUGCAAGUUAAUGUAGACUUUAAUGCCUGUGUAGUUCCCAUAGUGAAAUAGGGGGUUUGAAAUGCUGUUUUAAAGUGUUUUCCUCCUGAGUACUGAUCAUAUACUUGCACUAGGAAUAAAUGCUGUUUUAUUCUGCUCCAUGAAUAAUGUAUGUACUAAUUAUGUCAUUAUGUAUUUCUUUAAAUGGUGGUGAAGAGGGAGACAUAAAUGUACAUAAAACUGGAAUUGCCUGGGUAUGAUGUCUACACAGGAAUGAUGGAGUAGGUAUGCUUUGUGUUUUUUACAUGGAACAUAUCAUUAAAUUGACAGCUAAUGUAAGUAGAAUGAUGAUAAAAGUUGAGGUCCUACUGGCUUGAGACCAUUUUGAAUGUUUUUGUACCUGUAUUUACAUUAAAAAUCUGUUAGUGUCACAAUGAAAUGCGUCUUGUUCUAC